CUCAUCGAAGAAGAAGCUAUGAUAUCAUAGAAGAAGUCAACGUAGAUGAGGACCUGAACACGUGUGGGGAAAAAGGAAUCAACGCUUGCUGAGAGGCCACACUUAAAAAAGUUCUGCCUCAACUGUAAAACUUCAACAUGGCUGUCAGGGCAUCUUUCGAGAAGAACAACGAAAUAGGCUGCUUCGCCAAAUUAACAAACACAUACUGCCUAGUUGCAAUUGGCGGGUCAGAGAACUUCUACAGUGUCUUUGAAGGCGAGUUGUCCGAAACCAUCCCAGUUGUACAUGCCUCAAUAGCAGGAUGUCGGAUAAUUGGAAGAAUGUGUGUGGGGAAUCGUCAUGGACUCCUGGUGCCCAACAACACCACGGACCAGGAGCUGCAGCACAUUAGGAAUUGUCUCCCAGACACAGUCAAGAUCCAGAGGGUAGAGGAGAGGCUCUCAGCACUGGGGAAUGUCAUUGCCUGUAAUGACUAUGUGGCCCUGGUGCAUCCUGACCUGGACAGGGAGACAGAGGAGAUCCUGGCAGACAGUCUGAAGGUGGAGGUGUUCCGUCAGACAGUAGCAGAGCAAGUUCUAGUGGGGAGCUACUGUGCCUUCAGCAAUCAGGGGGGACUGGUACACCCCAAGACAUCCAUAGAAGACCAGGAUGAGCUCUCCUCCCUACUCCAAGUGCCUCUGGUGGCAGGAACGGUGAACCGUGGUAGCGAGGUCAUCGCCGCGGGGAUGGUGGUAAACGACUGGUGCGCCUUCACUGGGCUGGACACCACCAGCACAGAGCUGUCUGUCAUCGAGAGUGUGUUCAGACUGAGCGAGUCUCAGCCCAGCGCCAUCGCUACCACAAUGAGAGACUCUCUAAUUGACAGCCUCACAUAAGAUGCCAUUCCACCUUGAAUGAAAGGUUUGAGGCACCUCUGGAAAAACUGCUGCAGAAUGCAAGAAGCUGGAAAUGUCUCCCAUAAAACACUUCUCGUCAUUUGAUAUGGUUAAAACCUUCAAUGUUUAGCAUUGGAAAUGUGUAUGGUAUAUCAAUGCUAGACUUCAUAAUUUUGUACAAUAACUAUGUAUAGUCUGGCAAUAUUAAAUCAAGAUUUUCCCAUAAAACAGUAUCAAUGUUACAUUUGAGUGCCAUGUUUUGAUUCCUAGAAAAGUUGAAUGUUCCAUAUGUGAAGUGUACAUUACAUGUCUGUGUCUGCCAUGCAUGGCUUUACUGUAUGCAAUUGGUAAACACUUAACAUAGUUGAGAUGUGGGGAUAUUCUGUGCAGAUUUCUGCAAUGUACAAUAAAUGGAUUACCCUUUAA